AUGCAGCAGUCUGUGCUCGAACAGAACGUUCCAGUGGCUCAAACUUCGCUACCUGCCAACUACGAGGUACAAGGACAAGACGAAUCUGAGCAAGGUGGCAGUUCAUCCAAGCGUCAGAAGUCUCGACAUCGUGCGAGUGUCGCUUGUUCGACGUGUAGAGAAAGACGUAUUAGAUGCGUUGUGCCCGCGGGAGAUAGCGAAUGCGUGCAGUGCAAACGAGCUGGCCAGGACUGUGUGAUCAAGAACGACGACGAGCGCCGACGACCGAUUUCUAGAGCUUACGUUAGCACAUUAACCGAUCGAGUGACAAUACUGGAGUCUAUGCUCAAGGAUCGAGGCGCUGAACCACCAAGUGUCACUUACCCGCCCAAGACUACCCGCGGAAGCAUGUAUCCGGAUGGCGAACAGUCGCCGGUCAGACAGCCAUCGGCGCAGCGUUCGACGAAUUACAAUUAUGAAAACACAAUCAUCGAGCAGACUAGUCCGGAGAGUGUUGCCGAGGACGCAAUCGAAGGCAGCUCACAUGUAGGGUCAGCCAUGAGCGUAGAAGGCCAACGAGAUCGUGGCGAAAUCGAUAACCCACAGGGCACCCCAAUCGACGACAAGAACCAGGGCCUGGUGAGUAGACUUCUAUCUACCCGUGGUCAUCUGUCAUUUGACCAGAUCAGCGGCCGAUUGAGAUACUUUGGUCCUACUGUCAACUCGCAUGUGUACUCGGAACUGGAAGUCGACAGCGUCAAACAGAGCCGAGAAGCAGUAGAGCAAGCCAGACGAGCCGAGAGAGUCAUCCGGACUUUGCCGAUUGAGACGCACGACUACCUCAUGGGUCUCUUUUGGGAGCACUAUAACGGUGUACUGCACGUAGUCCACCAGGAGGCUUUCAUAGAGGAUCGUGAACACGGAAAGACGCAGUUUUACUCUGGAUUUCUGCACAUCUGUAUACUUGCUAUGGCUUUCCGCUUCUCGGAUAAGGACAGACCGGACAUGCAACGUAUCGCGCUGCCUGACAGGGAGAGCACACUGCACCGAGAAGCCAAAUACAUGCUGGAUCUUGAGCUAGAACGACCAGGUGGUAUACCCUCUGUCGCAGCCCUUCUCAUUCUGGGCGACUCGGAGGUUGGUGUGGGGAGAGACAAUGUCGGAUGGAUGUACGCUGGCAUGGCUAUGAGACUGGCUUAUGAUAUUGGUCUGCAUCUUGACAGCAGCCAGAGUGGCAUGACUGGACGCGAAAUCGACAUCCGGCGCAUGACGCUAUGGGCGUGCAUCAUCUACGAUAGAUACUGGUCCUUAUUUCUGGGACGACCAACGACCAUCAAAUGUGCCGAUGUAGAGAUAUACUCUCUUUCAAAUCAAUUUGAGCGUCUCGGUACCUGUAAGCCAGCUGGUCCUGCCAAAAGCUUGAAUACCAGGAUCUAUGAGGCAUUGAUAGACCUGAUGGAGAUUGCUGGCAAAAUCGUGGAGACUGCAGAGCAUCGAAACCUAGAUGCAACACGACAAAGUCCUGAUCAAUCUGCGUACUUCCGUAUGGCGGCUAUUGAUCGUGAGCUACAUAAUUGGGCAGUCCGCUUGCCACAAGAUUUACGUUACACCGAGGAGAAUCGAGUGUCAGCACCUCUUUCCUUCUAUCUGCUUCACCAACAAUAUCACGCUGUACUCAUCUUGUUACACCGUCCGUUCGCUCGCUACGACGAUUCUGGUAGCCCGGACGCAGAAGAUCCCAGCGUGAGUGCGUUGGAUAGCCACUUCUCAAAGGCAUCCAGGGCGAUCUGUACGAAAUCUGCGGUGACGAUGGCACGUAUCUUCUGGCAGCAUCGCCAACGAUAUGACGGCAAACAGAUAUUCUGUAUUGGCAUGCAACACGCUGGGACGGCUGCCACUGCUCUCAUCGCCGCGCUCGCAUAUAUACCGGACACGGCGGAUCGGACAAAUAAUCUGCAAUACCUUGAAGUCCUACAGGUAGCGAUGAAGGACAUGGCCUAUGGCUAUCAACCGGCAGAGCGCAUGGCAGCAGUAUUGGACGCUGUCAUGAUCGAGCUGCGAGGCGGUCCUAUCAGCCCCGGCAAGACGAUAAGCUCGGCAGCGUCAUCUAUACCAGCUCGUCGAGACAGUACUGCAGUGGAGACAGGUUCAGAGCGACCGAUCAUGAAACGCCGAAAGUCGACAAAGAUCAAAGCCAUGCAUCCACCGUCUGCGACAGUCAGACAGCACCGGGCAAGUGAUGCCAGUACAGCAUCACAGCCAGUCCAAAGCCAUAGCGACUUCCCACUAGUCACCCCUCGAACCGAGGGCUCACUUUCAGGCUGGCCCAAUGUGCACAACAACGAGCCGUUUGCUCAGCCGGGAGGAUUCUUACCAGCACCAGAAGUAGCAAAUGUGGUUUCACCUCUUCGAAGAAAUGACUGGAUGGGAAGCGAUUUCGGCAGCAACGAUUUCCCAGUCAUGCCAUCUAUGACAGGUCUACCUGGUGUUCCAGAUAGUCAGAUGAUGGACUUCCUGGGCUUGCCGUCGGAAGAUGAUUGGAGCAGGUGGCAUGCUGGUACUGGCGAAGCUGCAAAUGAUCUUGAUGGGUUUCCACCAAGGGGCAGGUCAGAGUUACAUAACUAUACUUCACCACCAAUGGGUGGUAUUAUGAACGGGUAG